AUGUAUAGAUUGUCGAACGCGAUGGACGACGGCCGAUUCGAUCCGUCGAGUUUGCGAAUUGAAGACGGCGAUUUUUCAAAGAUUAACGGUGAGUUUGCGAAGCAGUUUUGGAGAAUUAAGAUGCAGUUGAUGGAUUGCGUCGUGAUGGUAAAGCACGGAUCGUUCUAUAACAUGUUUGAUGUGGACGCCGACGCCGGGAAGGCGGUUGGACUUCAGCAGACGGGGACGAAUUCAGGAUUCAUGCGCAAGGUUGGCUGUCGGGCGGAGUCGUUCGAUACGUGGGCGGCUCGUUUACUCGCUCGUGGGUACACGGUUGCCCGGGUGGAACAGAUGAGCGAAGCGGCGAGAGAGACCUCGGUGAUGAAGCGGGAGUGUUGCGAAAUAUUGACUCCCUCGCUCGAUCGCGGGCUGACGAACAACGAGCGCGCGAAUUUCUUCAUCACCAUCGCGGGAAGCUCCGUGAAAUCUUUGCACUCGUGCGACUAUUUGGGUGUGUGCGCGGUUGACGCAGAUUCUGGCACCGCCGCGUUGGGUGUCGUGACGCCUCAAGAUCUGCACACCGUCUUGGUGCAAUACGAGCCACGAGAGGUCGUGAUUAGUGAACAGCUUUCUGACGACGCGAGAAAGAUGCUCGUGUCGUACGUGCGUGAAGGCGGUGACGCGACAGACUGCGUUUUACGCGUUAUAGAACGUGGCAAAGUGAAAAACCCGUCGAUCGAGCGCUCGAACAUUCUGAAUUGGUUCAAAUAUCACACCGACGAGCCCGUUUCAAAUAUUCUUCAGGAAGCCACUGAGGCAGAGUUACGAGCCGUCGGCUUUGCGAUGCGUCAUCUCGCUUGGUGUGGUGUGUUGCAAGACGUCUUUUCUCGAACAAAGUUUAUGUCCAUAGUGUCUGUUGAGCCAAGACGAACGAAUGCUGAAGAAAACCAGUCGGCUUUUGCGCUCUCGCGCGAGCUCACGCACGUCAUGCGACUCGAUGGCGACGCGAUCAAGAACUUGCACUUGCUCUAUGGCGACACUGGGAAGACUACGGGUUCGCUCUACGAGUUUCUUAAUCACACGUUUACCGCUCCCGGUCGUCGACGGCUGCGACAAUGGCUUCUCCGUCCGCUACAAGAUGUGCGCGCCAUCGACGCUCGCCUGGACGUCGUGCGAGAGUUCUCCAACAAUCACGUCUUGCUACAAACUUUCCGUGACAGACUCAAGCACUUCAAGUGGGACCACGAGCGACUUUUCGCAAAGUCGUGUCGAUUGGCUAUCAAGUGUACGAAAGUGUACAAUAUCGUUCGAUUCAAUCAAACGUCGCCGUUGACGCAAGAAGACGAGAUGGGUCUCAGAGAACUCGCGCCGAAAGGCGCGACGAAGCUCGAAGAGAUUCUUAUCGACGCUGUGAAUAUGAUUAGCUUUUGGGAAAUGCACAAAAGCGCACUUGUUACAUUUGUGGACUUGGUUCGCGCGUUGAUCGAGAUACGCGACGUGGUUUCCACCUUGAGUGAAAUUGCAGAGCGUAACGUCUCCGUUGCGAGCUUACAUCGCGACGUCGAAGACGCGAUAUCGUUUCUUCGUGAGUUGCGUUCGUGUCUAGAAGAUAGACGGAAAGAAAACACGAAAAACAAAGAAAGAUACAUCGUUCCAAGCGCACUUGUGUUUCGUGACUACGGUGAGUUUGCGGCGGCGGCGGAGCGAGAGAGAGCGCAAGAUCCAAUAGUUCGAAAACACGCGCAGCGCCAACGGCGAGAACUGCUGAGAAACAUUUACAUUCCACUCAGCGAUGAUGACGAGCGAGACGAUGAAGAGCAAGACGCGGCCGACCGCGCUGACUUAGCGGCGGCUAACGCAUUUACUGAAGUGAUGCAUGCCUUUUACGAAGAAAUCCCUCGUUUUGAACGAGUGGUGAGCGCCAUGGCAGAUUUAGACGUUUUACAAAGUUUUGCCACGUCUUGUGCGUCUUCAAGAGAGCUCGUCUGCAGUUGGCACCCUCUACUCAAGCCGAGUAUGGUGGACGACGCCAAGAGAAUCACGCAUAACAGUGGCAUCGUCGAUAAUGAUGUAUCGAUGAAGACGCCCUUCGUGCUUCUUACUGGUCCUAAUAUGUCGGGAAAAUCUUCCAUACUACGCCAAGUUGCUAUUAUUGUCAUCAUGGCGCAAAUUGGUUGCUACGUUCCCGCGGCAUCUUGCGAAAUCAGCGUGGCCGACGCUGUGAUGACCCGACUUGGCGGCGACGACAAUUUCGCCAACGGCGUAAGCACAUUUUUGAACGAAAUGAAAAGUACGGCGAAAAUCAUGAACGACGUAACUUCGUCUACACUGGUCAUACUUGAUGAACUGGGCAGAGGUACGUCUACCUUGGAUGGCUACUCGAUCGCAUUCGCGACGAGCCUUGAAUUAUGCUCUUGUGCUCAAGCUCCUCGCGUGUUGUUCGCCACGCACUACCACGAGUUGGACAAAGAUUUGGCGAGACAAGAGAUUGCGCGAGGUAAGUUUGUCACAAAGCACAUAGACGUAUCCAGUACUCGCUCAGGCGCGCUUAAGAUGACGUAUAAGCUCAAGAAUGGUCCAGCACCUCUCGGAUCGUGCGCGUUGAAUGUCGCACGCCUCGCUGGCUUUCCUCCUGGAAUUCUCACCCGCGCUUCGCACGUCUCGCAAACCGUCACCUUCAAAGGGCGAGUUAAGGAUAGCGGCUUCUCAAGAUCCUCGUAUGUACCGCCAAAGGCGUUACUAAGUAAUGAAGAACAUCUCAUGCUUUCAGCGCUCCUGGGCGAUCCCGCUCUGACCGGUGACGCCGAUAGGCUCGGCGACGGCGUUGAGUGGUGCCGACGCUUCCAUGCCCUGUGGCGGAAGUGCAACGAUUUAUCGAACCGCGCGAACGAGCCGUGAGGAAAGUUUGCGAUAUGUUGUCUCGCUGCCAU